CUGACAAAACAGAGUGGAAACCCUUCAGACAGCUUUGUUCAGGGAACCAAACAGCACAAUAAUCAUUACUUCCGACGGCAUGUCGUCAUCGGCGUUUUGAGCAUUUCUCCUGGUAGCAGCGGUAACCGAAAAAGGUCACCUUCAGAGUCUCUUCCACCGAGAGGAUAUCCAAACGUAACGCCACGAAGUUUAUAUGUUGUGCCUGGGUCGACGCGUACUGGCAUACGUAUUCCGUCACUUGCACUGUUCAUACGCGGUUCGCCAAAGCGGUGUGGUUUUCUACAGUACUAAAGUUGAAAGCACUUUUGUUUAUCUGCUGGAAGCAAUUGCUAUUAAAUAAAAUCAACAAAAAUGUCUGUGAAAAAUUUGCUGAUGAAGGAAAUUGCCGAACCGAUGGCCACAUCGGGAAACAAGGUUACCAUCGUCGGUAUCGGCCAGGUCGGUAUGGCAUGUGCCUUCAGUAUCCUAACUCAGAGUGUCUCCAGCGAGGUGGCCCUCAUCGACGUCAACGCCGACAAACUGCAGGGCGAGAUGUUGGAUUUGCAGCAUGGUUCAGCCUUCAUGAAAAACGCCCAGGUCAAUGCCAGUACAGAUUUCGCGGUUUCCGCCAAUUCCCGUUUAAUCGUAAUCACGGCCGGUGUUCGCCAAAAGGAAGGUGAGAGCCGUCUGAAUCUGGUUCAGCGCAACUGUGACAUCCUCAAGGGAAUCAUCCCCAAACUGGUCGAACUUAGUCCCGACUGCAUUCUGCUGGUCGUUUCGAAUCCAGUCGACAUCCUCACAUAUGUCGCCUGGAAAUUGUCCGGUCUUCCGAAGAACCGCGUCAUUGGUUCCGGUACCAAUCUCGAUUCAUCUCGUUUCCGAUUCCUGAUGUCGCAACGAUUGGGUGUCGCUCCGACCUCAUGUCACGGUUGGAUCAUUGGUGAGCACGGUGAUAGUUCCGUUCCGGUUUGGUCCGGCGUGAACGUUGCCGGUGUACGAUUAGCCGAAAUCAAUCCAGCCAUCGGAACGUCAGACGACCAGGAAAAGUGGGGCGAACUACAUCACGAAGUCGUCAACAGUGCCUACGAAGUCAUCAAACUGAAGGGAUACACUUCCUGGGCUAUCGGACUCAGUGUUGCCUCACUGGCAUCGGCUUUUCUGAGGAACACUUACAACGUACAUGCCGUGUCCACUCUGGUCUCGGGAGAGCAUGGAAUCAACGACGAAGUGUAUCUAUCUCUACCCUGUGUCUUAGGCAGAAACGGAGUGUCUCAUGUAGUGAAACAAAUUCUCACAGCUGAAGAAACUAACAAACUGCAGACAUCGGCAAAAAUCAUGGCUGAGGUUCAAGCCGGCAUUAAGUUUUAGAUACUUUUAGCACUUUUAGGGCAUUAUUAAAUUAUUAUAUUUAUUGGUAAGGGAGUAUAGCUAAUCUUCAACUGCAAAAAAUAGAAACUACUUUUUCUAACCACGCGCACCAAAUAUCUUAUGUCGUUUUCGUUUUUAAAUUUCACUACACCGGUGUAGCGAAAGCUGCACCUAAACCGUUCGUUUUUACCAAUUGCACUACACCAGUGCUACACUUUUUCUGCACCGAUACCACUGGUGUAGCACUCAUCAAAAGUUUGGUGUAGCUCUGUGCAAUGGACUCGUUUAUUGUAGUCAAUGGUUACUGUUUAUGUUUUCGUAAUUUUUGUUCGUUUAUUCAUGCCUCCGUGUAGCACUGCACCGGUGUAGUGCAAAUUAAAAACGAAAACGCCAUUAAUGUUCACCUCUCUCCAAAAAUCUCUUUCGUAGUUUAUGAUAGAAAAUAUUGUCUUAAGAGAACGCAUUGAUCAAAACUGAAGCAUUUGUUUUGACUAAAACUAAAAAUCUCUGUUGACUAAGCAAAAAUGAAAAUUUAUCAGAGCAAAACACAGCCUACCUCGGAAAGCAUUUAUACACAAUUCGGAAUUAAAGAAUUGGAAACGAAUGUUUUUUUAAACAGAUCAAAAUUAAUGUAGAAUAAAGUAUUAUUUCUCAAGGCAUGAUCAGUAAUAACCAGUGACUAGGUUAGCUUAGAUGAGAAGAUUAGUGUAUUUCUAUCACAAAAAAAAACACACUACUAACAGAUGAUGUAUUCGAUGCCUUUGGAUCAUCGGUCUUUUCCGGCCAGAGCAGGCAGUCGAAGUAGAAGCCACCUAUGAAGCCACUCAACUAAAUGUGCGGAACUAAAAUAUGAAAUAAAUAUUAUUCCAACAA